AUGAAACUUGCAAGUAUCAUUCCCCUUCUGUCAGUUCUAGGCAACCUUAUUGUGGCCGCGUCCACGAAUAGCGUUCUAGAGUCCGCAGUUCGACCUGACUACGAUGCGAUAGUCAUCGGAGGUGGUCCUGCAGGUCUCAGCGCAGCCAGUGGUUUGGCCCGUGUUCGUCGGAACGUCUUGUUGAUCGAUUCGGGAGACUACCGAAAUGCUCCUACUCGGCAUUUGCAUGAUGUGAUUGGAUUUGAUGGAGUCACACCGGCAUACUUCCGCUGGCUGGCACGCAAACAAAUCUUAGAGUACGUCACCGCCAGUUUGGUAAACGGCACAGUCACCAAGAUCCAGCCGGAAGCCAAUAAUUCAUAUUUCACGGUCUCGGCUGACUAUGCUGGCGACAAUAAGCUCACAUUCACGGCACGAAAGAUCAUUCUCGCAACAGGAUUACGUGACUUACUUCCAUCGACACCGGGACUCAUUGAGAACUGGGGCAAAGGGAUCUAUUGGUGCCCUUGGUGCGAUGGGCAUGAGCAUGCAGACCAGCAACUAGGCAUCUUAGGGCCGUUAAAGAAGGCGGCCGCAGAUGAAGGCUUUCCGAGCUGGGAGCGGUAUCUGCAGUUGCACGACAUAAAAAUUGACAACCGAACCAUCACCUCCAUCAAGAGGCUUGCCAAUGGAACAGUUGGAGACGAGGAUCCUAGUUUACCAUCUCACCCCGAGCAUGACCUCUUUCAGCUCAAUUUCGAAACUGGCACACCAGUAAUUCGGGCAGCUAUUUUGACCAACUUUGGUACGGCACAGAAGUCGAAUUUGGGUGCGGAGACUGGCGUGGCUCUGUAUGGUGGAAGACUUGCUGCAGAUCAAUCUCAUGGCCUGGUCACGAAUAUUCCCGGCAUAUUCGCUAUUGGGGACGCGAAUUCAGACAAUGUCACCAAUAUUCCGCAUGCUAUGUAUAGCGGCAAGAGGACUGCGGUCUACAUUCAAGUUGAACUGGAAACUGAGAAUGCAGACUCUGAGCUAGCAACUGUGCCUACCAAGCGGGGUAUCCAGGAUCGUAUGCGAGCUUUGUGGCCGCUAAUGAAUGUGCCGGGAGAGAUACUCUACGCAGGAGAGUUUAAUCAAUGA